AUGAGAAAAUCUAUAUUGCUUGUUUUAUCAAUUAUUGGUACUGUGAUUAUAGAAUAAGUAUCUGGCAAGUUUUUAUCAUAUCAUGAGCACAACAAACAUACAGAAAUAACUGAUUAUAAUUCCCACAGCAAUAUUGUGAGAGAACCAAAACUACACAACUAUAAGAUGGUGCAGUUCAAUGGAAGCGAUAUUGUUAAUGUUCCUGAUAGUUUCGAUUGGAGAUAAAAAGGUGCUAUUAGUCCAGUGAAAAAUCAGGGCUAAAUGGGUCAAGCAUCGAUUUACACAGCUGUUGAUUCUAUUGAAUCUGCUCAUUUUAUAAAAGCAGGAAAACUUCUAAGCCUUUCUGAAGAAUAAGUAGAAGAUUGUGAUUAACAGGCAGAAAGUGUCAUUGAUGUUUAUAACUACGCUUCAACUCAUGCUCUUGAACUUGCUUAGGAUUAUGGUAGCAUUAGAUCCUAAGGAGCUUGCCACUAUGACCCAGCAAAAGGAGUAGUUGAAGUAAAAAAGGUUGUCAAAGUUAAGCCAAAUGACUCAGAAGAACUUAAGAAAGCAGUGACACAAUCACCUGUGACCGUUGUCAUUAAUGCUGGAACUAUGGAAUUCUAAACGUACCAAGGAGGAAUUUUUAACCCAAAAAAUUGCCCAGCUGAGGUUGAUCACACUCUGCUUGUGGUUGGAUAUGGCAAAGAGGGGGAUUAAGGCUAUUGGAUUUGUAAGAAUACUUGGGGAAAUUCCUGGGGAGAGUCAGGCUAUAUAAGAAUAGCAAUGACUGAUGGUCCAGGUGUUUGCGGUAUUAACCUAUAUGGAGCAUAUCCACAAACUGAUUGA